AUGCCCGGAUCUGGAUCCUCUGAUUCUGACUCCACAAGGUUUGGUGAAUGCCGUGUUUACGACAGUAGUGGCUUCGCGAUCAAUCAAAAUUUUGUUGAUGGUGGAGCGAUGUUUGGGUCUGCUGUUGGUGACAAUUUUGGCCAUUCAGUGUCUCUAAACUAUGAUGGCAGCAUUGUUGCAGUCAGUUCUCCUCAGUUUGAUGUGGUUGGGGCUAUAAGAGUCGGCAGGGUUCAAGUCUUUCAGAGAUUUGAGGAAUUAUGGGUCCAAUUGGGAAGUGAUCUCAUUGGGAAUGAAUACGAUGAUUUAUUUGGGACCUCCAUUGAUUUAUCCGGUGAUGGCAAAACCCUUGUGGCUGGAUCUGUAAGUAGCUUCCUAUCAGGUCUCCCUGGUUACGCUCGCAUCUACAAGUUUGAUGGCACUGAUUGGGUCCUUCAAGAGAUUAGCAGGGCCCAAGGUUUUGAUAUUGAUGGAAUCAGGCAAGGUGAUAGGUUGGGAUUUAGUGUCGCCAUUUCUGGUGAUGGGACUAAAGUCCUUGUUGGAGCACCUGGUUAUGAUGUUCCUCCAAACGAUGAUUUUGCUGAGAAUGGACUUGUCCAAAUGUGGGGACAAACUGACUUUCCCACAUUUUCUCCUAUCCUGAAUCCUUUGCCUCAAGUUGGCAACCUAGGCACUGGAGGAAGCCACACACAGACCAAUUUUGUUAGUAGGGUGUUCACUUGGUGGCAGGGUGCAGUUGCCUAUUUGGAAGGUUUCUUUGUUUAA